AUGAAGUUCUGGGACCAUGUGGGCAUGGAGAUCCUGUCCCCCCUCUUUGGCACCCCACAGCUCGGUUUCUACUGGGCAGCCCCUGAGGACUUUAGCUACGAGCACUGGCCACAGUCCCAGACCGACAUCCCCAGGGACCAGGGCAACUUAUACUACAUGGGGGCCUUUAUUGGGGAAUUGGUGGUGGAGUUUCCCCAACUGACCUUGGCCUGUCACCAGGUGAUGGGGGUCAACUGGGCCAAUGUGAUUGAGGCCAUGUGGCCCAAUAAGAGCCACCUGAACAGGUACCUGCUGGGCCACAGGGCCACCAAGCUGCUGUCCCCGGAGGACCUGCGGGACCCACGGCUGCUGGGCUGGCCCCCACAUCAUUCCCAGGGUCAUGAGGAAGCUGAGAUCCAUGGCU